AUGAAAACAAGGUUGUUUUUGCUUCUGUUGUCUGCUCCGUUGUUGUUGAAUGCCUUGUUGAGUCAAUCGCUUGGAAUUCGAGGGACUCUUCGAUGUGGUACUAAACCGCUCGGAAAUCGUACUGUCGAAUUGUACGAGAAACGAAAAUCCCCUUUUUCCGACAAGCUAUUAGCGUCGAACACGACCGAUUCCAACGGACUGUUCUAUCUGACCGGAACAACUGCACGUAUAUUACCUGUGACACCUCUUUUACAAAUCGAUGACUGCAGGGGGAAGACAAGAAAAAUCAAGCUACCAAGUUCGAAAACUGAUGUCACACGUACAAAGGACGUUAGAAAAUUCAACGAUGUCGGUAUCAUCAAUUUGGGCAUUCCCUGA